UGGCUUCCGUUUUGCAAUGCUGUCUUCUUUGCUGAGAGGACUACGGUUCAUAAGCCCACCGGGUACACUCCAUUCUACAUGGUUUACGGAAGGGAAGCUGUUCUACCCAUCGAGACCGAGUUUAGCACUUGGCGAACGCUCGAUUGGAACAAGGUUAAUGAUAGGGCUGACUUGCUGGAGCUUAGAGCCCGA